AUGAUAUCAACAAACCCAGUCUCACGUUUGAGGCACUGGUUGGACAAUGUCAAAAACGCAUCCAAGCUUGACCAGAAAUUCAACCACAUGUACAAGGAAGUCCUUGACGAGGCAGCGGUCGGCCUUGAUAGACAUGAGAAACAGCUCCUCGAGGACGUACUUCGCUCCAUUUUCCUUCUCUUUACCCCGCUUUCUUCCAAGUGCCUAGCGGCCCUUCUUGGCAAGAACGACCGCGAUGUCGAUUGUUUGCUCCCGAAUCUCCAUGCAGUCCUCGACAUUCAACAUGGGGGCCCCGUCAAGAUACUACACGAGUCAUUCAGAGACUACCUUCUAGACCAAGAAGGCGCAUUUCGGGUGGAUGCCCUAGAAACACAUAUGAUGCUAACAAGGAACUGUAUGGACCGGAUGAAAAGGAACGGCAAGGGGCCUUCCCAUGGGCUGCAUAGAGACAUGUACGGUAAUGGGGACUACAGCACAACAACGAACGAUAUUGGGCACGCCAUCAACAAUUUUAUUCCGCCAGAUCUUGAGUACGCCUGUCUGAAUUGGGUAAACCACCUUCAAAGCUUUCAACAGGACUUGGGACAGAUCAUCGACGAAGACAGGAAUGAGGCUUUACUGCAAGAGAUGCCUGCUCUGUUGAAGGAGGUCAAGACAUUGCUUGACGAGCAUUUACUUCACUGGAUUGAGACUCUAUCUCUACUGGGCAGACUUUCAGAUGGCAUAUCAUCCAUCAAACAGCUUCGGACUAUACUACUGUCAAGAUACGAUGCCGCCUCCAACUUCGAUGCAUUCCUGAGAGACGCCGAAAGAUUUGCUCUGAGCUACGGUUUUAUGAUCGAGCGGUUUCCCUUGCAGACUUACGGCGCCGCGCUUACGUUCUGCCCGACAGACAGCCAGGUUAGUAGGAGACUAGGAGUCGAGAGGUACCCAGAUAUCCCGACCUUAAGAGGUGCUAGAAUUGGCUGGGAUCAUUGUUUGUACACGCUCAAGGGUCAUGGUGGUUCGGUUAAUGCCAUCGCCUCCUCAUCGAGCCGUAAAAUACUGGCAUCUGCCUCAAGCGACAGAACUGUAAGGCUCUGGGAUGAUGUUACAGGGGCUCACAAACGCACGCUCCAGGGCCACCGCGGUUAUGUGUUGGAUAUAGCGUUCUCUCCGGACGGUAAUACACUCGUGUCCGCUUCCAGCGAUUGUCAAGUAUGGGUCUGGGGUGUUAAUGAAGGCAAUCAUAUAAGGACGCUCGAGGGUCACAGAAACUGGGUCAACUCUGUCGUCUUCUUAAGUAACAGUACAAUCGCGUCAGCUUCAAGUGAUUGGACCAUAAAUCUCUGGGACAUUAACCACGGCAUUUGCAAGACGGUUUUAAAGUCUCACAGUGGUUCAGUGAAUGCGUUGGCCUCCUCGCGCAAUGGCAAAGUGCUCGCAUCAGGCUCAUCUGAUCGCACAGUCCGCAUCUGGAACAUCGCAGAGGGAACCCCCAUAAUGACAUCACUGGACCACGAUGGUUCUGUUACUGCCCUUUCCUUCGCGACAGACGGUCGUUUCCUUGCAUCGGCCUCGAGUGAUAAGGCCGUGAGACUCUGGGACGCAGAUACAGGCUCUCAAAUAAGGAUGCUAGAGUUCCAUGGCGACUGGGUCAAUUCUGUAACUUUCAUAAACAACAUUACACUGGCAACAGCUUCAAGCGAUCGGACACUACGGUUGUGGAACAUCACCACUGAUAAUACGCAGAAGUUUGAGGGCCCUGGUGGCUGGUUCAAUUCUACUGCCUUCUUAGCUGAUCGUAAUAUACUCGUAGCAGCUUCGAGCGAUCGGACACUGCGAAUGUGGGACGGCAUCAUGGGGGGUUCUGAACAGAUGCGCGAAGGUCAUGAUGGCUCUGUUAACGCUGUCGCCUUCUCUCCCGACGGAACGUGGCUCGCGUCAGCUUCUAGCGAUAGGACCAGGGUGCGAUUUUGGGAUGUUGAUGAAGGCACUCUCAUAAAAACACUUGCAUACCGGAACCACAUUAUAAGAGACGAAGGAACCACUGAAGACCACAGCCGUUACGUCUUGGCCAUCGCCUUCUCACCUAAUGGCAAGGUAAUUGCUUCAGGUUCAAGUGAUUGGAGGGUACGGCUUUGGCGCAUUGAUGAAAGUGUUCCCUUAACGACGCUUGAAGGCCACCGUAAUUGGGUAAGAGCUGUUGCCUUUUCAACAGACGGUAAGUUGCUCGCGUCGGCUUCGACCGACGGGACGCUGUGUCUCUGGGAUGUCGAGAAAAGGAAUGACGAAACGUCGAUCUACGAGGAUUCAGCUUCGAGCAUUUUAAGGGAACGGUAUUGUGACGCCGAUAGAAGGACCCAUGACCAGGAUUGGGUCAGAGCCGUCGUCUUCUCCCCGGACGGCAAGGUUCUCGCGUCGACUUUGACCGACGGGACGGUAUCGCUUUUAGACCUCAACAAAGUGAAUAGCAUAAGGACACAUGACUUCUUGGCCGUCGCAUUCUCACUGGACGUAUUCAAUGGCGCUGACUAUCUCUUCACAAAGUUGGCAGACUACUUGAAGAAUUAUCUCGAACAAGUUAUUGACGAAACCAAGGCUCAUACUGGUGAAGGGCUGCUCACCUUCUACAAUCGAGAAUGGCCCCGCUAUACCGAAGCCGCCAAGUAUAUCAAUCAUAUGUUCCAGUAUCUCGAUCGUUUCGUUGGACAAGCGACUGAGGAAGGCACCACCAGCAUCUACGAUGUCUACACCCUCCACCUUGUCCAAUGGAGGAGCGUGAUAAUCGGCAGUAUUUCCGAGAACAUCAUAGAGGGUGUCCUGGGGUUGGUUGAAAGGAAGCGAAACGGCGAGAUCAUCGAGAAUGGCAUAAUCAAGCGGGUUGUUGAAUCCUUUGUUUCGCUGGAUAUUGACCACGAUGACCCGUUAACGACAUAUCGAUACUAUUUCGAGACACCGUUCUUGGAAGCAACGAGGCUGUAUUACCGUGCGGAAAGCAAGCACUAUCUCGCGGAGAAUGGUGUUGUCGAGUAUAUGAGGAGGGCCGAGCUACGCCUGGAUGAAGAGGAUGAAUUAGUGCGGGCUUGUCUCCAUCACAACACUGCAGAUCCGUUGAGGCAGAUUUGUAUCCAAGUUCUCAUUGCCGAGCAUUCUGAAAUUCUUCGAAACAACUUUCAGUCCUUACUCGACACCGGAAGAGAAGAAGAUAUGGCUCGUACGGUCAAUUUGCUCUCCCGCAUGCCAGAUGGUCUGGCUCCUUUACUUUCAAAGUUCGAGACUCAUCUACGAAAAGCAGGCUUAUCCGCCGUUAUCAAUGCCGCAUCAGCUGCCGAGAAGCUAGAGUCUAAACUCUACGUCGGCCCUGUUUCCGCCCAAUAUCAUGAUCUUGUCAGGUGGGCUUUGAGUGAAGAUGGCCAUCGGACGAGAUCAUCGGAUAAUAUUUGUAGAGAACUUGUCAGCCAGCUCGACGUCUGCAAAUGGGGAUCGGACAAGUUUCCUGAGUCACUUUCCAAAUAUAAUGCCAAACCUACCGAGGCCGAAGGCUCAGCGGAUGUUAUAUCCAGUACUGAAGAUUGGAUAGCUCGAGAUGGACAUAAUCUUUUGUGUCUUCCGCCAGAUUACAGGGCCACAUGUGCGGCGCGAUGGAAUAACAUUCUUGUCCUUGGACAUAAGUCUGGUCUAGUAUCAUUUUUUCAACUGCCAUGA